GCUCAGACAAAAUCAUAUGACGCAAAAUACGCUUCAGUGUCCCUUACAUCCGCUCUCAUUUUCUCCUGAGUCUGGUCAAAUAAAGUACACCAGGGUCGCUGUGGUGAGAAGAGAAGAGAAGACAGGACAGGACAGGACAGGACAGGACAGGACAGGAGAUGAGAGCAGGACCCCUGUCUGUGCAUCACAUGUACCGUUAAACGAGCGGAAAUCGGAGCCUGUCGCACUCAUUUGGAGUGGAUCUGGCAAACCGACUGGACUUUUCCCCAGUGCGUUUCUAUGACAACAGGCUCGGCUCGAGCGGAGUUCGGUGCGUGACGGGGUGCGCUCGGUUUGCGCAGUUCAACGCAAGGGGGAGGUGGAAACACCCACGGCAAAUACCACCAUCCUUCCUUCAGCCUGAUGUAUGCACCUUCUCUUUACGAGUGCGGACUUUUAUCUAACCUCUGGAAACUCAACGGGACGUCACUAUGGUGCAUCAUUCUGGUUCAAUACAGUCCUUCAAGCAGCAAAAGGGUGCUUAUGUAGCAGGGGUUUCCAUAAGGCUUUCCCCAGUUAGGGGAGGGAGGGGAGGAAGGGGAGACAGAACGGCAGAGAGGCAAAGACAGAGAGAGAAAGAGUCUGCAUGAGAAUAUGAGAGAAAAAUCAAUGGAGCUUUUCUCUGGAAGGUCACCAAUAGGAAAAUUCCACAAUAAAAAGCAUGCACACCAGUAUCAGUGAGAUCCUGAAGGAUAAGAGCCUGAAGCCGUCUCGUCGCAGUCUACCCUGUCUAGCUCAAAGUCAGACACAUCCUGACAACCUCAGCCACUUCCUCUCUGUGCCUCUGAAUCCGGAGCCCAAAGCAAACACAAACACCCACAGUGUCCAUGCCUCCUGUACAGACAUCACCCCUCCAUCCACAGAUGUUAGUAAUGGCCAGCAUGUAGAGGAGAUGGAGACAGCAGUGUAUGAGUCUAGAACAGACGAGUCGCUGCUCAUCCAGCAAAAGCCUGCAUCAAGAGGCAAACUGGAGGCUCGUAUGGACUCCGUACGGGGAACUAAUCCAGUAAACACCAAAGGGCUUUUGUUUCGAGAUGGUAAGAAACGAAUUGACUACAUUCUGGUGUAUAAGAAGUCCAGUCCUCAGGUUGAGAAGAGAUGCACUUUUGAGAGGAACCUGCGUGCAGAGGGACUGAUGCUGGAAAAAGAGCCCUCUUUAACCAACCAUGACAUAAUGUUUGUAAAGAUACAUGCUCCAUGGGACACACUGUGUAAAUACGCAGAGCAGAUGAACAUCAGAAUGCCUUUUAGGUACAGAAAAAAGUGCUACUUAUCAGACUGGAAAAAGAAGACGAUGGGAAGUCGAUUUCAUUUGAGGUGCCGUCAAAUAAAGACUUGGCUGCCUAGGAACCCAAUGAAGCUGGAUAAGGAGGCGUUGCCUGAUUUGGAGGAGACAGAUUGCUACACUGCCCCCUUCAGCAGGGCCAGAAUGCAUCAUUUUACCAUCAACAACCGAGAUUCCUUCUUCUCCAACUCCACACGAAGCCGAAUAGUACAUCAUGUAUUACAGCGCACAAAGUAUGAGGAUGGCAAGUCAAAGAUGGGUAUCAACCGUUUACUGGGUAAUAACACAUAUGAGGCUGCGUUUCCCCCUCAUGAGGGCAGCUACAAAAGCAGACACCCAAUAAAGACCCAUGGGGCUCAGAACCACAGACACCUGCUUUAUGAGAGAUGGGCUCGCUGGGGCAUCUGGUACAAAUACCAGCCUUUGGACCUUAUACGGCGGUACUUUGGGGAAAAGAUUGGCCUGUAUUUUGCAUGGCUGGGUUGGUACACGGGUAUGUUGAUCCCUGCAGCACUGGUUGGUCUUUUUGUCUUCCUCUAUGGCCUCUUCACCAUGGACUCCAGCCAAGUGAGUAAAGAGAUCUGUGAGGCCAACACUACCAUCAUGUGCCCCAUGUGUGAAGAGAACUGCAGCGCCUGGAAACUCAGUGACAGCUGUGUCUAUGCAAAGGUGACUCAUCUGUUUGAUAAUGGUGGAACGGUCUUCUUUGCCAUUUUCAUGGCAAUAUGGGCCACAGUCUUCCUUGAGUUCUGGAAAAGAAGAAGAGCAGAACUGACCUAUGACUGGGAUUUAAUUGACUGGGAGGAAGAAGAGUGUAAAUCCUGUGUCAUGGUGUGUUCAGAGGAACUACGGCCCCAGUUUGAAGCAAAGUACUCGCGGAAGGAGAGAGUGAACCCAAUCUCAGGCAAACCAGAACCUUUCCAGCCAUUCAGUGACAAACUCAGUCGCCUAAUGGUCUCUGUGUCUGGGAUCUUCUUUAUGAUUUCCCUGGUGCUGACAGCAGUGUUCGCUGUGGUGGUGUUCCGGCUCAUUGCCAUGGAGAAGUUUGCCUCCUUCCAGUGGGAGUUUGUAAAGAAGAACUGGCAAUUUGCCACCUCUGGAACUGGAGUCUGCAUCAACUUCAUGAUUAUCAUGUCUCUCAAUGUGGUUUACGAGAAAGUGGCCUAUCUGUUAACAAAUCUAGAACACCCACGGACCGAGUCUGAAUGGGAGAAUAGCUUUGCCCUCAAGAUGUUUCUCUUCCAGUUUGUCAACCUGAACAGCUCCACCUUCUAUAUUGCUUUCUUCUUAGGAAGGUUUGCAGGCAGACCUGGAGAUUAUAAUAAGCUGUUUAACCGCUGGAGAAUGGAGGAGUGCCAUCCUAGUGGCUGUCUGAUAGAUUUAUGCUUGCAAAUGGGAGUGAUCAUGGUGUUAAAACAGAUUUGGAAUAACUUCAUGGAGUUGGGCUACCCGCUAUUACAGAACUGGUGGUCUCGGCGGAAGAUGAGGCGAGCAGGAGAACAGAAUAAUGUGGAAAGCAAAGAGCAGCUGCCUCAAUGGGACAAAGACUGGAACCUGCAGCCCAUGAAUGCUCACGGCCUUGUGGAUGAGUAUCUAGAGAUGGUGCUCCAGUUUGGUUUCACCACCAUCUUUGUGGCAGCAUUUCCUCUGGCUCCUUUGCUGGCUCUGCUCAACAACAUCAUCGAGAUCAGACUAGAUGCCUACAAAUUUGUGACACAGUGGAGGAGACCCAUGCCAGCAAGAGCGACUGAUAUUGGAAUCUGGCAUGGGAUCCUGGAGGGUAUUGGUGUAGUGGCUGUCAUUACCAAUGCAUUUGUCAUUGCCAUCACAUCUGACUACAUUCCACGAUUUGUCUAUGCCUUCAAAUAUGGGCCCUGUGUGGACAAGGGCUACCAGCAUGAACAAUGCCUGAGAGGAUAUAUGAACAGUAGUCUGUCUGUGUUUGAUAUGGGAGAGCCAAAGAACGGAAGUCAGUAUGAAACCCGAUACUGCAGAUAUCGGGACUACAGAGCUCCCCCAUGGAGCUCCCAGCCCUAUGAAUUCACCCUUCAGUUCUGGCAUGUGCUUGCCGCCAGACUGGCCUUCAUUAUCGUUUUUGAACACCUGGUGUUUGGCAUUAAGACCUUCAUUGCUCAUCUAAUCCCAGACAUGCCUAAAGACCUAUGUGAACGCAUGCGCAGGGAGAAGUACCUCAUGCAGGAGAUGAUGUAUGAAGCAGAGCUGGAGCACCUGCAGAAGGAGAGGAAGAAAAAUGGCAAGCGUUAUCACCAUGAGUGGCCUUAGCUUUGCCUAACAGAAGGACAUAUCAUAUGCACAUUCAUGCACACAACGAGAAAUAAAUAACCAAUGCGAGAGCACAUGUGAAAACAGGCACAGAGGAUGACCGUACAGGAACUGCAAAAUCUUUGGAUUUAGUCAUGCAUGCAUAUCCAUGCUGCAGCUUUGGAUGGCUACGCUUUACUAACCCUUCAACACAUGCUUCCCACUGUGCUGUUUUCUUACUGGUUAAUCAGAUAGUGAGGCUCAAACUCUUUAAAGAACAGAAGCACUUGAGUGGGCAGCCCUGCUCUGCACCAAAUAGCUUCUUUCACAACUCUUGCCUGAGGCCUUCCCAUCAUCAUCUCUGGUUCCUCACAUUUUUUUGGCCGAAUAUCAGAGUCCUGGAUGACAUUUUGCUUUUAUCCUCUUAAACCACUCCUGCUGUCUUUUGCCUCUGCUGGCUUUGCUCCUUUCUGAAUUGUUUGUUAUUUGUUUGUUAGUUUUUCAAAAGGAAACAGGAUACAAUUGUAUUGUUUACUAUGCAGAAAAAGUGCUUUGGAGUUUGUUUUCAAUGUACACACUUUUGUCACUUUCUGUCCUUUCUCACGCUCUCUCUCUUUCUCUCUCUCUCUUUCUCUCUCUCUCUCCUCUCUCUCUCUCUCUCUCUCUCUCUCUCUCUCUCUCUCUCUCUCUCUCUCUCUCUCUCUCUCUCUCUCUCUUGUUGUUUUUCUCUUUUUCUCUGGCAGCUAAAAACCGCUAUAAACUACACUCUAUGGAAAUAUUUCUUUUACAGUGAAGUGCAGUUUGGACUUUGUGUUCAUGCUUAGCUUUUCUAAGAAUAAGGUCUGGCUUUUUCCUAUUUGCGCUUAUUAGUCUUCAUAGAAAAGUGACGUUACAGGUAAUGUGGGUACAAAUUUAUGCAAAAGUAGAGCAAAUUGAUAUAACCAUCAUGUACCGUCUGAAUAUAGCAUGCAGAUUCAACAUUCAAAAUCCCCCAAAAACGUUUGUUACUUCCAUUCUCUAAUGCUUUGUAGAUUUAUUUGAAAUUGCUUGUUGUUUUUAGUCUGUCCUUUGUCUAGCAAUAGAAUCUGUUCCAAUCUUAUUCUAAGAUGCAGACCUCUGGCAUUUACUAGUUGUGGGCUGACUGGGACUGCGUUUUUGUUCAAGGUGUGGUUUAUAUGGCUACAGCUGUACAUGAUUCAUUCAUCUAUGUGUAUCAUGAAAGGCCUGGUUCUUCCUAAAAUGGUGUAGGAAUAUUAAAGGAAUUUUUGUAGGUUUUGGUCAGGAUUAGAAGACAAGUACAUGAUUCACUCACUCACAGCAGAUCUGUAUAGAAGGCAUAAGCAGAUGUGGAACAGAAGGUAAUAUGUUUAAUAUGCAUUAUUAGCACUCAUACCAGACUCCAUGUGCCUGAUGGUAAGACUAUUCCCAGGCAUAUGUUUUUGUUUGUUGUAAGUUUUUGUUUCCAGAAAACUUACAGUCGCUGUCUCCAAGGCUAUUUUUCUCAAUUAUUGCCAUCAAUGUUAUCAUUUUUCAAUAGAAAACAAGGGUUAAUUACUUUUCUCUUCUUUGCUUUGCUUAUAAAGUACACAGUAGCUUUGUGUGCCUGUAUGUAAAUGAGUAAGAGAAAUCAAGAAAGUAAGUGUGUCUUAAAAUAUAUGCUGCUGUUACAUCUCCAUCUUGAUUUACCACAUCCCAAGAUAAUGUAUCUGUUCACCUCUGGCCAAAUUGAUAUAAUUUACCUACCUUAUAAUUCGAUAUUAAUCUGCAUUAUAAAGUUUAACUUUGCACUUUUUGCAUGGACAUAUUGUAUAAGACAUAAUCAUACAUCACUAAGAAGAAAGGAGCACUUUAAAAUCAUGGAUCGUUUCCUCGUACCUCGACAAACAGCACAUGACAGUAAGAUGACAAGAAAGCUGCUGCAGUAAAAUAUAAAGUAAGGCAAUUCCAUAUUUCACUGUUAUGAAGUAUAAUUAUUUAUUUGUUUAUUUAUUUAUUUAUGGUUGAUUAGUGAUGGCGGUCAUGCACUGAAAAAGAGUGUAGAGAUCUGUCGAUUUCAGGUGACAAACUGUUUCUGGUACCUUUGCCUAAAAUGCAGCGUGUGAUUUGUAACAUGCUAUUGUUUUGCCAUGAUGUAUUUGGUAAUCUAUGCAUGAUCUCAGCCAUGACGGCUGCAUCUGUCUGGUGUCCUAUUGAGAAACACACGUGUGUUAUGGUGCACUUUUACUGUGGAGUCUGCAUGGAGUGAAUUUCUUAGUCUAAGAUUAUCUGAUCUGUGAUCAGUUUGUUGUAUAAGUGCACAGCUGUCAAUCAUGUUCAUACUCAAUUACACCAUCUUGCACUGGAAUCGGGCUUUUCCUCAGAGUAAUGAUUUUCUUGGUAAUGAAUUAUUUCACUGCUUUAACAAACUUAUAUGAAGAAACAAUAUUGUACUUUGGUGUGUACAAAAAUAUCUAUAUCAGAUAGACUUGGCACAGGCACACAUAACAAAAAAAAAACAAACAUUAGUUUUAACACAGUAAAUAAAGCAUGAAAUAUACUUUGAGGGUCGUUAUUUAUAAUAUAUUUAUUUCAUUAGGAACAAGAGAACUUGUUAUUGUGACACAAAUUUAAUUUGAAUAAACAAAAGUGGAGAGUCAUUUACUAUCAAUUCAGGUAUUAGAUUAAAAGCAAUGGUUAUGAUGUGAU